CUUUACCGCUUGUGCUGGUCUCUGAGGAACAACAAGGAGGAACGUAUUGACCUGGAUGCAAAUGAGAAGAUUGAGGAACCUGAGAGCAAUGAUGAUGUAUCAGAACAAGGUGAUGAAGAGCAAGGAUGCUGUAAGAAGGCCUACAACUGGUUCUGUGGCUUAAAUCAGGAAAAAGCUCCCAAAUUGAGCAAAGAGGAGCAGGAAGCGAUAGAGAAGAAACUGACUGACACUUCCGAGAAGCCAAUCUGGAGAAACGUUGUGAACAUAAACGGCGUCAUUCUACUGACUGUGGCUGUAUUCUGUCAUGCCUUCUUUGCAUAAAUCUCAUCUCACACUCCAGAGUUUACAUGAAGGUCUAACUCUAGUCCCUUUUCCUUUUGAAAUUGCACUGUAUUCUUCAAAAGAAAUGAUGUUUUCUAAAUUAUACAGUUAGAUAUACUUAUGAGAUUUGUACAAUGAGAUGGUAUGAAUACGUUGAUUUAUUCAUUGGUUAUAUAGUGGUAAUUAAACAUCUUUUGGCUAAAGAGCAGGAGUACUAAAGUCCAAAGGGUAGAAUUUCAAUCCAGUACAUCAGGGAGAAUUUAGUAAAUCUCUCUUCUUACGAAAUACAUUUCACAGCUCAAUUUCAGAAUAUGAGAACCAGGGUUGGAUGAGCUGCAUGGAGUUCAUGAUUUUGUGAACUAUUUUGGGGGACUGGUGGGAAAAUGGCACAGAAAUUUUCAAGGUGAUUUUUUUUUUAAGUUCAGCUAUAUGAAGGGCUGUGCUAUGGAUUUAGGAUAAAUUAAUUCCCUCAAAAUGAAGGCAGCCUUAGGUGAGUUCCCCUGGAUGACAUUUUAUUGAUGUAUUCUUUUGAUACUAUAGCUAUUUUUAAUAGCCCUUUUCUCUUUCCAUUCUCUGUUCCAUACAUUACACUGUUUUUAGUGGAUUUUUUCUUCUCUCCUCUUUUAUCACUCUUUCUUCUAAGUGGAAUAUGAACCCCACUACCAUCUGAAUUUAACUUGUGCUAUUUGAGUGGGUUUGAAAUUAGGCAAACUAAGUCUGACCAGCCCUAAUAAGAGUUGUGAUUAUGCCUGACUCUUCAAGAUUAGCUUUAAAGGUUCCAAUGCAAUCUGAGCAUUUAAUAUGAAUCUGUUUGAAUGUGAAAGCUUUAUUUAUAAAAAUAUAUUCAUGGUCGUUUUGAUUCCCUAGCAUGAUGUGUCAAAAUUAGACUCCAUUUAUUUUAUUGUGGUCCUCCAUUUUAUAAGGAAGGCACUAGUGUUCUCUUAGUUCCCCAUCUUAAUUAGUGGAUUUACUACCUGGUAAUUCUGGCUUUGUGUCUUGCUUCCAAGUACACUAAGACAUUACAGUAUUUUUCCUGCCAAAUUAUGAAUCUUCCUUCUCUGACAGUUUCGUUAAGAAAUUUCAUUCAUGCCAUGAAGUAAGACUGUUACACUAUAGUUUCCCCAAGGAAAACAGUCACUGCUCUGACAUCAUCUAAACCAUUCCAAUUGUCUUCAUCUUGUUUGGGAGCGUGAAAUCAGGCUGAGACCUUGAUGAGGCAAUGACAGGGUUGCCAACCCUCCAUGUUUGGCUUGGAGUCUUCCAGAAUUGGCAUCAAUCUCCCGGUGACUACUAGAAGGAAUCAGGAGAUUUUAAUAGGAUAUUUUAAGAAAAUGACAUUGACAUGUUGGAAAAAAAUAUCUCCCAGAAUAGCUUCAGUCAGAGUUGGCAACUCUAGGCAAUGACCAUAGCUUGGGUCUCAGAGACUAAUAAGAAGCAAUGGAGAGAUGAUGUGUGAUACUUCAGUUCCAGGCUGAAAAGUGAAACCAGAACUUUUUACCACCUAAUUCAUCUUCCCAAGGAGGCAUAGAUACAGAGAAGGCACAUGGGAAAUUCCCAGUUGCUGCAGCUAAUCUGUAUUACAAUCCUUUUUGCCUUGUGUACCACAGCUUCCUGCAAUGUCUCAAUUCAGUGCAACAUGCAUCUCAUCUUCCUGCAGUAUUCUACAGCACACUGCACUGUGCUGCAACAUGUAACAAGCAAACCAAUACAGUCUUUCUGAAGCAUGCUGCACUCCUGCAAAUCCCUAUUACUUUCAUGAUACACUGUCUUCUGACAGCAUAUUCGGAUGAGUCCAUAGCAAAAUGUGCUGUCUUCUUACUGCAUCUAGCUGCACUAGGAUCUUCAGUAUAAUGUUCUAUUUCCCUGCAGUAUCCUGACAUGUACUGCAUAGUGCCAAAUCAUCAAUACAAUCUGAAUCCUAAUGCCAAUGGUCUUACAAUAAAUAAAGAUGCUCCCUGCUGCUCAACAGUCAUCACUGUAUUAUGUUAUGGAAUUCAUUAUAUUUCAUUAACUAUGAAGGUUGUAUGUAUGUAUUAAAAAUUUUCUAAUUGUGUUUGGGGACCAGAAAGUAAAGAGUUCUUUGUAUAACAUGAUAGAAAAUGUAAAAUAUAAAAAAAGUUUCUUGAUCAAA